AACGGAGCACCCAAAGAUGAUAGGAUAGGAGUAAUAAUAUAAAUAUAAAAAAUAUAUAAUACCCAAACUUUUCUGGGCUACAAAGUCAUAGCCCUUUCUGUCUAUUUAUCUCUUUCUAACAUUAAUUUUCUUUCCCUUAUCAAAAAUUUCUCUCUCUCACCAAACACUGAACUCAACACUCCUUUUCUGACAUACCUUCUGUACAAACUUUCCUUGUCUUUCCCUCUCAUUUUUGUCACCUUUCUCCCAAAAGUUUCCUCCAAACCUUUCGAUUCUCUCAACCAAAUUUUCUCCCUCAUUAUCUCUUCUUAUCGAUCAUGCUUCAAAGCUUGGUCCCUCGACCCCCUCUCUCUUCUAAACCUAAUAUGAACACAAAACGCCCUCAACGCGAACACGACGACGCCGAUUCCAACCUUCCAGAACCAUCUUUCAAACGACCUAACUACUCCGGCGAGAAAACAGUGGCGGAAGGUGAAACACACGACGACGACCAAGCGUUUGAGCCUCAGAAUGAAGGCGAAUCCAUUGGUUUGAAACUCCUAGGGCUUUUACUUCAAUGCGCUGAGUGUGUUGCCAUGGAUAACCUCGACUUUGCUAAUGAUCUCUUACCGGAGAUAACCGAGCUCUCCUCACCGUUCGGGUCUUCACCGGAGAGAGUUGGCGCGUACUUCGCACAGGCUCUACAAGCGCGGGUUGUGAGCUCUUGCCUCGGUAGUUACUCGCCGUUAACGGCUAAAUCGGUAACCCUAACUCAGUCGCAGCGAAUCUUCAACGCGUUUCAAUCCUACAACUCGGUUUCACCGUUGGUGAAAUUCUCGCACUUCACUGCUAAUCAAGCUAUCUUCCAAGCUGUAGACGGUGAGGAUCGUGUCCAUAUCAUUGAUCUCGAUAUCAUGCAAGGACUUCAAUGGCCAGGAUUGUUUCACAUCCUCGCUUCACGAUCCAGGAAGAUUCGUUCAGUGAGAAUCACCGGCUUCGGAUCUUCAUCGGAGCUUUUGGAAUCAACGGGAAGAAGACUCGCCGAUUUCGCGAGUUCGCUCGGGCUUCCGUUUGAGUUUCAUCCGGUGGAAGGAAAAAUCGGAAGCGUAACGGAACCGAGUCAACUCGGUGUAAGACCAAACGAAGCCAUCGUGGUUCACUGGAUGCACCAUUGUUUGUACGAUAUAACCGGAAGCGAUUUAGGAACGUUGAGAUUGCUGACUCAGCUAAGGCCAAAGCUAAUCACCACCGUUGAACAGGAUCUCAGCCACGCUGGUAGCUUUCUCGCGAGGUUUGUGGAGGCUCUGCAUUAUUACAGCGCGUUGUUCGACGCGCUGGGGGAUGGUUUGGAUGCGGACAGUGUGGAGAGGCAUAUGGUGGAGCAGCAGCUGUUGGGGUGUGAGAUAAGGAACAUUAUCGCCGUGGGUGGGCCAAAGAGGACUGGCGAGGUGAAAGUUGAGAGAUGGGGAGAUGAAUUGAAACGGGCCGGGUUUCAACCCGUUUCGCUUCGGGGCAACCCGGCUGCACAAGCGAGUUUGUUGUUGGGGAUGUUUCCUUGGAGAGGGUAUACACUUGUGGAGGAGAAUGGUUCUUUGAAGCUUGGUUGGAAAGAUCUUUCUCUUUUGAUUGCGUCUGCUUGGCAACCGUCUGAUUUGAUUACUUACGCUUGAUGAUCAUGGUGAUGGUGAUGUUUAUAGUUUGUGUCUUUGGUGGGGGGCAACUGUUGAUAAGUUUCUCUCAUGCCUCUGCAAAGCUUGUUAUGUUGAAACUCCAAGAAAGGACAUAGUUGGCAGAGAAGAGAAUCUUUUAAAUUAGUGAAAUUACUUGGUAUAAGUGAGAAAUCAUUUACAUUCACAUUAUCAACUGUGGUUCCUUAUAAUUUUUUAAAUUUUUGUAAUCGUUAAUUUAUUGAUUGAAAUAUAGAGGAAGCUAAUUGUUUGUGUUUGGGUCCCUAAAAUGUGGGAAGGGUGCUGAAUAAUAAAUUUAAUUGAUUUUAAUGAUAAAUUAGUAUUUAUUAAUAUAUUUUUAUUAAAGUAAAACAUACUUAAUAAAUAAAAUUCUAUUAAAAUUGCAUUAAUAUUUUGAAAUAAUAAUUAUUUAAAGAUAUAAAAAAGUGACAAUUUCUAGAGGAUCAAUAAUUUCAUAUGGUGUACUAGUAGUAUUUUAGAAAGGAGUGUUGAAAUAAUGAUGUGUGGAUAUGAAACACGAGUAGUUUUAGUUUCUUAGUUUGUGACGUUUGAGAAGACUAAAGAUAGUUGGGAUCAAUAAACUAAUGAUAUAGUUCUACACGGAUGACAUCCGAUGAGAGUAAACAAUAACGCAUGAGGUCUCCUACACGUCAGAGGUUUCGUGGAAAAUUUGGCUAUCGUAACUAUGGUUUGAGCUGGCAUACGAAUUGACUACUUUAGCCUCUGUUUAGUUUCACAAUAAGAUCACAUACUUGAAAGUUGUAUUCAAGGCAAUUGUCACCCUAAAUUCUCACUUUUUGCCGUUGUCCAUCUUCUCCAACAGCUAUCUAUCUGUCCUAGAGAAUGCUACGCCAAGCAUAAUUGGUUGGUAGCCAGCAUUUGCUUCUGUUAGAGAUCCUUUAUCAUAGUAACUACCAUCAACAUUGCUUCCCAAAAAGAGCUUGUUGAAAUUUUCAUGGCCUAGAAAACUCGAUUGUGCAUUGUUGUGGUGGACCAUUUAUGUGCGUGCAUGAUUCUUUCUUGGAACGGUGGUCCUUUCCAGGUGAAAUCAACAUUGCUGGUCUCCUUUUUCAGAAACAUUCAUCUCGUGGACUUGCAGGUCAUGUGUAACUUUAAGGUUGUUUUUUACACAAAGGGUUGCUUUGUAAAAGACUCUGACCUAAGAUAUAAGAGUUGCAAUGUGUAUGCAUAUAGUGGUUAGGAUUCAGAUUAUUGGUCCUAUUUUGAAGCAUGUGAUUUAAUUAAAGGCACUGAUACCGAGUUUGAGGCUAGUUCUGUGAAAAUAUGGUGGAAACAUGAGGGUGGUAUCUUUGAAGAACAUUUGAAACCUUUUAGGGAUAAUGGAAAUGCUGCGGAGUUAUCUAUGUUUGCAUUUGAAAAAAAUUGUGAAGUUGAGAUAUACACAGAAGCAAAACCAGUUACAAGAGAGACAACCUUUAUGGAUAAGGUUAGAGAGAAAGGCAAGGGGACUAAUUAUGAUCAAGAGGUUGAGAAUUGUAGUGAAAGUGAAGGUGAAUCUAGUGAUGAAUCUGUGAAGGAUGUUGUACGUCUGAGAUAUAUAUCCCGAAAAAGCUACCAAGCCGCCCACGUCAAAAUUGGUUCGACAUAAUAAGAUAGACCCGAGUUUGAGAAGCCCAAGACACAUCCAAGACUUCCAAUCCAAAUUGAUCGAUAAAGGAAGAAGCAUGAAUAUCCAUGGUAUUCAAUACCUUUUAUUGAUGCAAGGCGACAAGGGAACCACAUCUAUAAUGGCCAUCAAGACAAUUCAAUAACUCCAUUAAAACACCAUACAUUAUAAAAAGACAUCUGAAAGAAGAUAGAUGAAGGCAAUAUUUAAACACAAUACCCUUAUAUCACGACGCCCUCUCCCGAACAGCUCUGGGGAGGUUAUCAAUAUUGUUCUUCAAGAAUAGUUGGCGUCGUUUGUGGAAACCGAUAAAACUCCCUGACCAUAAAUUUAAUCCGUGUAACACUAAUAUCAUUGACGAUAAAGAGGUAUACUACGAUGAGGUAAAUUUGUUAUUAUUUUUACA